CAAACCUUAUUUGGUUGAUCGCUUUGCCGCUUUUGAAUCGUAGACAAUUAGACUUGGCUUUUUUUCUUCUUGUGAUUUUGACUUGAAUCGCGUCUGAUGCCUCGAAUAGGCUCAGCCCCUAAUUUAACUUAACUGCUGUCUGUGGAGACAACGGCAUAGACAACAGUUUUGUGCCUCGAAAUACUGGCUAGUUAUAUUGAUCAUAAACAAGACGAUCAGGUCUUAAACGAGUCUCCUAAUUCUCCUCCGCCUGAUUCUGGGGUUGAAAUAAAUACAUGAAUCCCCUGGCUAUUCAAGUGCAAAACGACCUCGCAAAAUGGCCUCAGAAUCAAACAGAAUGCAUAUACGUGCUAGGUGGACUGCAAACCUAACCGCCGUGUAUAUGGAGAAGUUGGCAGCCCUUACUAAUGAGGGUCUAUUCGCUAUGGAUAGGCCUCAGACGUGGGCUCCAGCCUGGCCUCGUUUAGUCGAGGUUAUGCAAAAGGCUGAUCCUACAAGGCCUUGGUCAUGCGAAUUGAUGAAAUGUAAACGAAAACUUGAACGAAAGCGUUAUCUCCAAUACCAGGCCUUGAUUAACGACUAUACGAGCGGCGACGGCGAAGACGAUAACGGGUGCCGCGUCGUAUCUGAUCAACAAUGGGCCUCGUUUUUACGAGAACAUCCCACGGGAAAGUGGCUACGUGUAAAGCCUCUUGGUAAUAAGGAGAUAUACGCACAAGCGUUCCCGUCUGAUAAAUCUACUGACAGUUUUAUCGUCGAGGCAGGCGAAGAGUAUACGCUUUUAGUUCGACAUGCUAAGGGUAAAGAUAGCGAUGAUCAUAUCGAUACUAUCGGCCCUGAAAGCCGGUCAAUAGGCGCCAGUUUAGGUGACGACUCUCAUCCAUUCAGCUCUCAGGCAUCAACUACGUCAUUUGAUUCUUCUCCUACUCCAUCACUCACUCCCAGGUCAUCUCAAAAGAGAAAACGUACGUACGAUCCGGACCUAAUCUCGUCUAUUUCCGACGAUUCCGACGAAGAGGCCUCGCCGUUGCUUAGAAAAAGGGCUGUUGAAAGUUACCUAUUGCGCAAGGCUCUUACUAAUCGCCAGGCUAAUAAUAAAAAGCCAAAACCACUGGAUUUAGAGGGAUUUGAAAAGGCAUUCAUUCAAGGGAGCUAUCAGAUGGGGCGGUCGCAAGGCGCUGACGAUGUUGAAAAAGCUGUCAAAUACUUUGACAAAAACCUGGCUAGCGAUAUCCCUUCUAAUCAAUUUGUUAUAGCCCUGGAUGUAUUAGAACAAGGGCGACGGGCUGUUGUUUUCAAUGCCUUGGAUUCAAAGGAGGAUAAGUUACGGUAUCUCAAGGGUCUACUCGAGAAAGCUGCGUAAUUUCGAGGGUUAUAUUAGUGAUACGAUACUACUAUGUAGUAAACAUCGAGAUUAUAAGGGAUUCAUAAAUAGCUAUGAAUUAACACCACUAUCUACUAUA